AUGGAACUCACGAGGAAAACGACAAAUUCCCAGCGAUUACCUCCACCAGUUCUGUUUCAGGGGCCCCCAUCACACAAUGCCUCCAAUAUCUCCCUAUCCGUACCGCCCGCGACCUCAGCCCUACCAACACCUUCCGGAAGCCAACCGCCACCACUCCAGCGGAACAGAUCUCCACUCGGGAAAGAGGGUGAGAAUGCCGAGAAGGCCAAUCUACUAUCACCAUUUAUGUCGCGCCGCCAAUCCAAAAACGAUGUGGACGGAUCCGACGCUAUCUGGCAGGAGAUGCAGAGCGCCCUAUCCGAAGUCGAACUGAGCGCGGUGACAAGCGAGAAUGUCUUUGGAGAAAAGCACUCGGAAGCGCUAGAAGAUCUACGACUGAAGCAAUUGAAACUUGCCCAAGCCUGGGCGCGCAGCGAGGCAGAUGAUGAAGUUGUUGAUCCCAGCCAUGAUGGGGAAAGUGCUAAGGCAAGCACGGCCCGGCAACGAGGCGCCACAGAAGCAUCCCUCAAGGAUGAUGCAGCGACUGAACAUAGCGCAGGACGUGGUUCAGUCUUACAUCACACUCUGGACGAGGAGACUGAGAAAGACAUUCUACUUGCGCGCAAGCGUCGUGAGGCUAAUGACCGGUACUUUGAUCGGGUAAACCAGGGUGUUUUGGAUGUUGUUGCCAAGCUGGAGGAGGUUGCUCAGGCUAUGCGCACUGUGGAACGAGAGAGCAAGGAUAUUUGGAGCGAUUCGGAGAGUGUUGCGACUACUGCGCCUUCGUCUCAUGCUGGGUGA